AGCGCGUGCAAAGCACUCGUUCUUACCCUUUCCUAAAUCCUCAAAUUCGUAAAUGCGAUCUUCCGUUCGCCCGGGGAACUCAACUCUCAUAGUUCUAUCAGCAGGUGUUUGAGCGCAAGGGAGAAGAUGAAACUAGGGUUUAUCUUGAUUCUUCUCAUUCUAAACAGCGCUUUGCUGGUAAGAUCGGAUUCUUCCAAUCACAAAUAUCAACAUGGAGAUACAGUCCCUCUAUAUGCCAACAAGGUCGGUCCUUUCCAUAACCCCAGUGAAACAUAUCGGUAUUUUGAUCUGCCAUUUUGUUCCCCAGGGCAUGUGAAAGAGAAAAAAGAAGCUCUUGGAGAGGUUCUUAAUGGAGAUCGUCUUGUUACUGCACCUUAUACAAUCGACUUUUUAGUUGAGAAAGAUUCGGAAAGUGUUUGCCAGAAGAAGCUCUCAGUAGAUGAGGUUAUUAAGUUUCGAACUGCUGUCAUCAAGGACUACUACUUCCAGAUGUACUUUGAUGAUCUGCCUAUUUGGGGAUUCUUGGGAAAAGUUGACAAAGAAGGCAAAUCUGACCCUAGUGAAUACAGAUAUUACCUCUUUAAGCAUCUUCAUUUUGAAAUAUUCUACAACAAUGACCGUGUCAUUGAGAUCAAUGUCCGAACUGAUACUAACACCAUGGUCGAUCUGACCGAUGAUAAAGAAGUUGAUGUUGAAUUCUUUUACACGGUCAAGUGGAGGCAAACAAGUACUCCUUUUGAGAAGCGGAUGGAUAAGUAUUCACAAUCUUCCUCUUUGCCGCAUCACUUGGAAAUCCACUGGUUUUCUAUCAUCAAUUCAUGUGUAACAGUUCUACUGUUAACUGGUUUCCUUGCCACGAUUCUCAUGCGAGUCCUAAAGAAUGAUUUUGUGAAGUAUGCUCAUGAUGAGGAAAUUCCUGAUGAUCAAGAAGAAACUGGGUGGAAAUACAUACAUGGUGAUGUUUUCAGGUUCCCGAAGUACAAGUCUUUGUUUGCGGCAGCCCUAGGGUCCGGAACCCAGUUAUUUACCCUUACGAUAUUCAUUUUUAUUCUUGCUCUUGUUGGCUUCUUCUAUCCAUACAACCGUGGUGCUCUCUUCACCGCACUGGUUGUUAUAUAUGCACUUACAUCAGGAAUUGCUGGCUAUUAUGCAACUUCUAUAUAUUGCCAACUUGAAGGAACAAACUGGGUGCGAAACUUGUUAUUGACUGGAAGCUUGUUCUGCGGACCUCUGUUAAUCACAUUCUGCUUCCUGAACACAGUAGCAAUUGCUUAUAGUGCAACUGCAGCUUUACCAUUUGGUACAAUUAUGGUGAUACUCCUCAUAUGGACACUAGUAACUUCUCCUUUGCUGAUUCUGGGCGGAAUUGCUGGAAAGAAUAGCAAGGCAGAAUUCCAAGCUCCAGUUCGAACGACAAAAUAUCCUCGAGAAAUUCCUCCUUUGCCUUGGUACCGUGGAACACUUCCUCAAAUGGCAAUGGCUGGGUUUCUACCUUUUAGUGCGAUCUACAUUGAGCUUUAUUACAUAUUCGCAAGCGUUUGGGGCCACAGAAUCUACACCAUUUACAGCAUAUUGUUCAUCGUUUUCAUUAUCCUUCUGAUUGUUACUGCUUUUAUUACUGUGGCUCUUACUUAUUUCCAACUUGCUGCUGAAGACCAUGAAUGGUGGUGGAGGGCUUUUCUGUGCGGUGGAUCGACGGGGCUUUUCAUAUAUGGAUAUUGCUUGUACUACUAUUAUGCACGUUCGGAUAUGACUGGGUUCAUGCAGACUUCGUUUUUCUUUGGAUACAUGGCUUGCAUAUGUUAUGGGUUCUUCCUGAUGCUUGGGACUGUCGGUUUUCGCGCUUCUUUGUUCUUUGUUCGCCAUAUAUACCGCUCGAUUAAGUGCGAAUAACCAACUUGUUUUGAGUGGGGUUAUGUUGUUUCAAUUUCAAAAUCGGGCUCCUCUCAUAUGCAGGUCUGAAGAAGAAGUGGAUACAACUUCCUUUGCUGGUAAAAUACUUUCAAUGAUUAGUUGUGAUAAAGGGUAAUUCCAUCUUUGGUAGGAAAAGAAGCUACCAUAUUUGGAGAGAAAGGGCUGCUUUUUUCUUUUUUUUUUGUUAUAUAAUAGACAGUUGAGCAAUAGACCAUAUUUUUUACUAUUACUGCUACUACUAGCUCUGUAUUUCUUUCUUUGUAGAUGAUAUGAUGGUCCAGAAGACAUGAAUGUUUAACUCAAAUCAAUCCUAUGUUUUCACUUUCUUGUC